AUGGCGCGCGCCAAGGGCAGGAAGCGCGCGGCCGCGGCGGCCGGUGACAGCCAGGCGGCGGCGGCGGCGGCGGCGAAAGGGGGCCGGCCGAAGCGCUCCAAGGCGCCCCCCAAGCCCAAGCCCGAGACGGAGUACGUCCACGAGCCGAGGAAUCUGGAGGAUCUUUGGCUGUCGGCUUUUCCUAUUGGGACAGAGUGGGAAAAUAUUGAUAAGAUUAAGGAGUUCAACUGGAACUUUCAAAAUUUAGAGAAAGCUCUAGAAGAAGGGGGGAAGCUGUAUGGGAAGACGGUCUACGUAUUUGGCAGCACUGAGCCUCAACUGUUGAAUGUUGAUGGUGAAUCGAAGAUAGUACUUAUUCCCGUUGUGGUUGCUGUUGAUUGCCCUUUCCCUCCAUCAGAUAAAAUUGGUAUAAAUUCUGUCCAAAGGGAAAAUGAAGAAAUAGUACCAAUGAGGGCGAUGAAAAUGGCUUGGGUGCCCUAUGUUCCACUAGAGGACCGGCUCAGCAGAAUUGACAGUUUGAAAACAAAAAUAUUCACUCUUGGCUGCACUCAGCGAAGGUCUGCCCUGAAGCAUCUGAAAGAAGAACGAGUGAAGAAGUUUGACUACUGCAUGCCUUAUUAUAUGCCACUUAGUCCUCCUGAAGAUGAAGAUGAUACCGUUGUCAAUAUCAUGUAUCCUUUAGAACCCCCGAUAGUAUGCGACUUCGACUGGGAAAUGGAUGAUAUGGAGGAUUUUAUUGAUGAGAAAGUCAAAGACGAGGUCUUGCCGGAGGAUGAGAAGGAAAAAUUCAAGGACUUCAUAAAGGAGAGAGUUAGAGAAAGGAAGAGAGAGCUGAAGCAGGCUAAAGAAGCCAGAAAGAAAGCUAUUGAUGAUAUGGAUCCAAAGUUGAAAGCGGCAUUUGAAAAUAUCCGGUUUUACAAAUUUUAUCCUGUAAAAACCGAUGACACUCCUGAUGUGAGCCAAGUACAGGCGAAGUACAUCAAUAGAUAUUACCGCCACGCGCAUGAACUGCUGUGA